AGAAAGCGCAGCGAGCACAUGCACAAAGGGUAAAGGAGUUUGAGACUGAGCUAAGCAAUGUGAAAACGGAGAGGCAGGCACAAGGAGAGAGAUUCAGGAGAUUCAAAUUGGAGCAUGAGGGGGAAAAAGGCAUGCACUUGGAGAGGGUGAAGCAGCUUGAGAAUGAGAACAGCAAGCUCGUGACCGAACGGGUGGCACUCAAAGAGAGAUUAGMAAAAUCAAAGGCCGAGGUUGCAAAUUUGGAAUGCAGGUUGGAGAUGGAAAGAGGUGCAGCGGAGGGAUUGAAAACUAUGAGGGCGGAGAAGAGGACGCUUGAAGAGGGAUUUGAGAAAGAGAGGCGAGCACAUGCACAAAGGGUAAAGGAGUUUGAGACUGAGCUUUGCAAUACCUUKCUUGGAGUGUGCUACGUAGGAAAUUGUCUUGUGUACGAACACAUGGCCAACGGAAAUGUGAAGGACCUGAUCUCCUUGGCUGAAAGGUCACAAAUUGGCUUCCUCCCRUGGUACAUUCGACUGCGAAUAAUUGCCGAAGUAGCUCGAGCCUUGUCAUUUCUGCACUCCAACCAGUCACUGAGAGGUGGUCCCAUCGUGCACCGCACCAUCAAGCCGGAAAACAUUUUUCUGGAUAGUAACUUUGUUGCCAAAAUCACAGAGGUGGACAUGGCCUUGCUUGCCCCACUGGUUACUGAAGAUGGUGAAACACACCCAGUAACUGAUGCGAAGUACCUGGCCCCAGAGUUUUCUCAUACUGAGGUCUUCACUCAGCAGACGGACGUUUACGCAUUUGGAAUCACCAUCCUUGAGAUCCUCGCGGGGAAGUUCAGGAAUGCGUUGGGAAUCAUGGAGGACGCAGUGGAAGAUGUGGAAGCCUUCAGAAGGGCCCUGGACCCAAACGCAGGAAGUUGGGAUGUUGAUCUGGCCUUGGAAGCUGCACAGGUGGGGUUGAGGUGUGCAAGCUCGAGACGCAACAGGCCGAACAUGACAACAGGUGAAGGUGCCGUYCUCCCUGUGCUGGAAGGUAUUGCUCAUAAAGUGGAACUGGCUGACUCGAUUGAAGACAUAUGAGGGAUGACKGUAGAGCCACUACGCCRAAGUUUUGAGGAUGKCGUCGUCUCAGACGCUUAAUAUAAAGUGU